AUUUCAAACAUUCUUUCACGAUAGUUUCUACCAAAGGUUUUAAUGUUUGUUUCAACAUCUGCCUUGUAACACAUCUAUUAUAUGUUUUGCAAUCAAUUAAUGUGCUUAUCACUUGCAGUUAUGAAUUUAUGAGAAUUUCGUUGCUUUUUUAGCCAGUUGAAUUUAGGUCUCACCACCCUCAAGUAUAAAUCUCGUUUAUGGUGCAUUGAACUAAUAUUGGGAAUACUCGAUUACUGUCCUUUCCAGGUAGUCGUCCUGUGAACUAACCAUCUUGUUAAAUUGUCUUCUCUUCGACUCAGAAGUGUAUGGUAAAACUGCAGUUAAAACGCUUAGAUCUGCUGCAGCGCCUAUUUAUUUAAAGGUUUCGACCUUUAUGCUUCUAAAACCAAUCUUUCCCCACUUUUAGUUUGCUUAGGUAAUCUCCAUCUUAUGUCGUAAUUACUUACCGCUGAAGAGUAGCCUGGCUCGUGUUUUCUAGCUCUACAUCUUGACCACUCCAUAGCGUGGUUACCAAGCUAUAGAACGCAGCAUUAUGGAGUAGUUCAAUAGAUGUCGGUAAUUGGUUAUCGCUAAGCAUCUAACAUUUUUAUUAUCUUAUUAUGGUUAUUUUCAAAACCUGUUAUUUACCCCUCCAUUAUUCAUCUUAUUUGUCCAUCCUUUACUAUAGCGUUUGUCAUGUUUGUCCUCCUACCAUUCCCGUUUUUCAGAUAAAAUAUGACAGGUAAGUGUAUGGUAAAAUCCCUCAGAAUAUAUGGUGAAAAUACAUCAAACAUCUUAGAUAAACUUCAUCGUUGAAUUACACUACCGAAGUUCACAAAAGGGACUAUUUGUUUUAGACAUACUUUCCACCUAUGAAUAAGAAAGGGGUGGGAUACCUUUAUGUGUUAUUAGUGUGGGCCGACUAUCAAUGAAUUAUUUACAGGAAUACUUAUGUGUCUAUCGAAGUCGAAUUGUGUACUUUUUCUUGUCUAUGAACAAUAUCCAGAUGUUUCACCAAUGGCUUUCUAACAUCCGUUUAGUUGUCUUCAAUUGGAAUAAUGUUUUUGAUUAGAUAUUGGAAAUAUAUGAUUAUAAAACAACGAGCACCAGAUGUGCUUACGACUAUAGACGACCUACUUUUUUCACCCAUAUUGUUUAGCACAGGACGAAUUAUCCUACUUAUGUGCCUGUCGUUUUUUAUGACGAUAGUUAGUUGAUCAUGUCCUGAACCUUCCCUGACUAAUGUAGCUCGGACACAUAUCUCGUAUGUCAAGCCUCUUCCCCCUCGAUGUGCAGUGUUAGCUGAUGUCGGAUUAGCUUGUAAGAAGGCUAAAAGUGGUCAGAUCGAGACUUGGCAUCAGUUCAUAGUCUUUUAUUGUUGGUCUGAACUGGGCAUAACGUUGUAGAUGCCCCAGCUACUGGUUCCCCAAAAUGAUGGAAAUCAACUUUUUGAAAACAGUUGUAGGGCUCUCAAUCGGUUACAGUGGUACAGAUGUGAUCUUUUGUGAACCUUCAUCGACUUAUUUCGUCUUCUGAUACAAAUUUCCCUAUCCUAAUAUCACAUUUUCUAUAUAUUUCUUCUUUUCAUACCACUGUGAUGUGCAACAACUUGAAUCGGUGCUUUUCUGUCCCAGGUUUUCAAAAUCCAUCGACUCAGGUAGUUGAGACAUGUGUUAAGCAUACCUAGUUACCAUUUACCUCAUCGUACAAUGUUGACCGAAGUAAGAUGAAGCUGAAAAAGGGUCAGUGGUGAGCAGACUAAAACGUAGUAUCAGUCCAUGAAAUCUCUAACAGUUGGGCUUGACCGUGUGGAGAAACUUAAGCUUAGGGGUUUGGAGUCCACUUGACAAGAAGAACCAGUGAUUGAAGACCCUAGAUGAUAUGACUUAGAAUCGAUCUCAGUGGUGCACAUGUAUCCACACAUUACCUUUAUUGUCAUUGUCAUUCUGAAUUUCAGUAUUAUUUCAUUUUCUUUGGUCUCUUUUGUCAGUUUUCUACGCCUUUUAAGCGUUUUAUUUUUUAUCAUUCACCAUUACCAAUACUUGUUUGAUGUGCUGACCUGGAAUAUGACAACUUAAACCACUACGCAGUAAUGCCAGGUCCUACAUUGUUUUUAUCUGGUUGUCUGCUAGGUUCUAUGUUGAUCUAUCGAUCUGUAUAAUGGUAACUUCCCUUUAAAAGUUAAAAGCUCUAGAAUUUCGGAUCACUUCAGUUGAAAUAGAGUAGUUAGCAUUCGUUUCUCAACUGGUGAACCUAUCGAUCCACACCUACUGUAGUGGGCCCUGCUGAUCAGAAUGGAUAUAAAUAGUAUAUUCUGAGGCAACAGAAAUCAUAGGCAAUAACUAGCGAUGGGUAAAUAUUCUGCCCAGAGAAACUCAAGAGGCAAUGUGGGCGUAUUAAGAGCAAAUCGAGACAAAACCAGAAGAGUAAAUGAAGCACAUUGUCCAAACGAUUGUUUUUUUGGGAAGUGUAAAAGAUUUCAUCACUACUGUACAAAAUGUGAAUGACAAACAUUCCUUCGUCUCAGUUCUGUCUUUUCCUACACUGCUACUUAUCAUCAUCAAACGAUUUGGCGAUUUGAGAAUGUUUGGGAUGCGUUUCUCACCACCACCACCACCAAAUGGAGAUUGCUGCUCCAGGAUUGGUCUUCAACGGUGCCUCGGCUAACAAUAGAGAGUGAAGUGGUUGAGUGUAUCGACCACUUCACCUACCUGAGAAGUAGGAUCAGCCCUGGUAGCCCAGUGGCCGAUGAAAUCUCUGCACGAAUACAAAAGGCUUGACAGGCUUUCGCCAACUUACCCCACCUAUGGCGCCACCGCGAUAUCCGAUCGUCUAUUGAGAGUGGCGUGUACUGCACAGCAGUCCUCUCUGUUCUACUGCAUGGUUGUGAAACAUGGCCAUUGAAGUUGGAUGAUAUGAGAAGACUUCAGGUGUUUGACGACCGUUGCCUUUGUAGUACAAGCCGUAUUCCGUGGUGUCACCAAGUGAGUAAGGCAGACGUCAGGCGUAGAGUAUUAGGGAAGAAGAAGAGGUGAGUCAGUUGACAUGGUUGUGAACCAUCAUCGACUAAGAUGGUUGGGAUAUGUGUACGUAUGCCUAGUCGUCAAUUGACUCGUCACACAAUGUUGGUCGAAGUAGAUUCAGGCUGGUAAAAGGCUGUGGGCGGCUAGACUAAAACAUGACAUGAAUGUAUGAGGUCUGUGACUGUUGGUUUGAGAUAUGUAGGUAGAUGGAGACUGGGUGGUCAGCGUCUGUGGGACAAGAGGAGCCAGUGGUUGGAGACUGACUCUAGGUGGGUGGUGAUAUGGCUGAGAACCGAUGUCAGUGACGCAUAUGUAUCCAUGCACACACACACACACAUUAUCCUCAUGUUAACGAUGCUAUACCGAAUCUCACCAUUUUCUCAUUCUUCCUUUCUUUCUUCUCGUACAUUACACUUCUUUUGACUGAAUUUUCUCAUCUUCAUCUUCCACUUGACUGUCUUUUUACUUGAUGUAGUGAUAUGGAGUGUGGCAACCCAGACGGUUACGCAGUAAUGCCUAGUAUUAUGUUUAUAUUAAUGAUAUUGAUGAUGAUCAAUCAAAGGCGAAGUUGGAAAAUUGAAUUGCAGUGUGAUUGGCUUGGAACCACUGUGUCAGCUAUGUUUAGUUCAGCCGAAGGUUACUGGACAAGAUAGUGAAGUGGAUUGAUGCGUUUUCGAGCCUUCAUCAGCAGGGGUGGCUUGGAUAUGUACUGCGUAUAUCGAACCACCGCCUACCAUCUCCACGUGUUGCGCUAAGUGAAGCCGCAUUAGGUCGGUGUGUCGCAGUGGCGCAGAUGUAUUCACUCCUUGAUAUUUUCUAGAGCUUGAGUAUUUGCACUAACCGUUAUAUUCUCUUCUUGGAUAUCAGACUUUUCCAUCCGCUUGCUCCUUGUAUACUAUUGUGAAGUGUGACAACUUGAACCGAUGCAUCACCAUCAUUAAGAUCAACUGCGUAACGGUCCAAGUUGACUGAUUUCAUAUCAUCACAUCAAGUAACAAGAGAAUAAAAUGGAAGAUGAAGAAGGAAAGAAAAACCGGUCAAAAGAAGUGGGAAGUAAUAAGAGAGUGGAAGGAGGAAUGAAAAAGUGAUGAGAUUUAGUAUGGCGGUCAAGAUGAGGAUAAUAUUUGUUUACAUCUGUGGGACUGAUAUCAGUUCUAAGCCAUAUAACCUAAAGUCUCUAACCACUAGUUUCUCGUGUCCCGCAGACCCUAACUGGCUAGUCUACGUCACCCUACAUGGCUCAAACAAACAAUCAAGGACUUCAUGCAUCGAUGCCAUGUUUUAGUCUGGCCAAUGGGCUGGUGUACGAAAUUCUACAAUAAUUUCGUCCCUUUUUCUAAGGGUUACACUUGUAAAAGAUAAAUAAGGUAUAUAACUUGUUUCCUGUCUACUAUCAAUAAAUAUAUAUGCGAUAUAAUUAAUGCCUUUUGUCACUUUCGCAUAUUAAUUAGAUUUUUUGCUCACUUCUUCGUUAUUUUAGAGUCUUCUUCCGUUUCUAGUUCACGUCGUCGCUUACUGGUUUGAUCUUCCUUAGUCAGAUUGAUUGUGUACGAAAUGAUGAUUACUUCUCAAAAAGGUUCUUUCUACUUUUUUUCAUCACUCACUUCGUUUCUUUUACUUUCUGGGAUAUUCUGUUAUUUGUAUACGGGUUACACAUAUUGUUUCAUCUCUUCAGUUCAUCUCUACUUGAGUAUAUGCUCUAUUGCAUUUAUAAUGUUGUUUUCAUGUAUGUCGUUUAAGUUUCCUAUUAAAUGUCGAAUCAACUGUAGAACGCCAUCAUUACUGUUAUUUCUAGUUUGUGGUCUUUUAAUGAAUUCCUUGUUGGUAGUAGCAGUAGCAGUAGAAGUGGGAGUGAGUCAUCAACAAGGCAACUAUACAUAUCUACAUUUAUCAGUAAAAUCACCAACAAUGAUUGCUGGGGCUUUUUUGAUGGUGACCAGUGCAGUUUUAUGCUUAACACUACUGAUAAUGAGUAAAUUUUUCAAUCAAUCUGUUCAUGAUAAGAAGGAAAAUUCUUAUGAAGGCAUUGCUCUAUGGUUUGGAUUUACAAUUGGUUCACUAAUAUUCCAUAUUAACAAUUCAUAUUCAUCAGUAUCAUCAUCGUCAUCCUUAUUGGUACUGUUGAUGCUAUUCAAUGUAUCUUUAAUUAUACACUUCGCUUUAAUCAAUGAAAAACGUUUCAUCCUUAUUGGUUUAUCUGUAUUCUUUCUAUUUGGUUAUUUAUACUACCUUGCUAUUCAUAUCCUUCCGGAUACAAUUGCAACUAAUUCAAAUCAUUUAUCUAAAGAGCUUGUAACCAAAUUUUGUCUUAUCCUUCAUAUGCCUAUUCUAAUCACUUAUAGCCUAUUUUGUGCAUUUCACUUUUUCACUUUUUGUCCAACAUUAGUCAAUAGUAUACAUUUAACUCAUUGUCUGUGGGAUAAAAUAUCAAUGAGACUAUGUAUUUUCUUAUGCUCAUUUUAUUUUCUCUUUCAAAUGACUUUUAUUUUAAUCUUUAUCAGUCAGUUUGUAUGGCAUAAAUGGUUAUCAAGUUUGAUGUGGGUAUUGUGUACCGUGUUAUGGACUACCGUACGUUUUCUUUGUUUCAUAUGUCUUUCACGAUUGGUCAAGGUUGUUCGCAUUAGUUGCGGAGUUUGGCAUAGUCCCAUUGCUAAGCGUAAUGGACUUAAUCAUGUAUGGGCAUCUGAAGGUAUACGUUAUUUGGCUUUAAUUUCGAAAGCUAUUUGGAUUUUAGCUAUUUUCACUACAAUUUCUUGUCUUAUUCUAUCAACAUCUGUUGGAUUAACUAGUACACCAGAACUUUUGUAUGCAUUUCAAAUCUCAUUUUUAAUGGAUUGUUACCUUGUAAGUAUUUUUCAUCAUCUCAGUAGAACAAUAGGUCCAAACGCUAUUGGUUAUGCGUUAAUCCGACAAGUUUCACUGUCUAAAAGUUCUUCAUCUCUUCAGUCAGUUUCAUCAACCAAUUCAACAAGUCAACUAUUACAUCAUCAAAAAGCAUACUAUAUAAAAUUGACGAUGCUAAUUGAAAAUUUUUUCAGUCAUUUCUCAAUCCAUAAUUUUGGUUGUAUUUAUUCAUCAGCUGGUCGGACAAAUAAGUCUGUGGUUAAACUUGUAGACAAUGAAGAUUCUCAAUCAAUCUCUGAUCAAACACUUCAAGGGAUUAAUAAUUUUUUCAAGAAUCUUUCUCUGAUAGUUAUAAUCGAUAUGAUACAUAUCUAUUGUAUUACAGUGGACCAGAUAAUAAUCAAGGCGAUUGGGUAUUUGAAGAUGACAGUACAAUCAGUCUAA